AUGUUGUCUGUGAUCACGUAUCUCUUAGCUGGGCUUGGGGUGGCCCUCUCCAAGCCCCUUCUCUCCAGAAGGGAGUUACAGGAGAUCCGCGCCCUGCAACCACCCUGGACCGCUGGGAUCUCCGACCGGCUUGUGGGCCUCUCCGAGGACGACCUGCGCGCCAUGUUCCCUCGCCAUGGCCAGCCCACCCGUCCGUCCGCAGAGUGUCCGCGCGCUGAACCAUCAGGACCCAUUCCCGACGCGUUUGACCUCCGCGAAGAGUACCCGCAGUGCAUCACCCCGGUCUAUGACCAAGGCUACUGCGGCGCCUGUUGGGCGUUCUCGGCGACUGGGGCGUUCGGUGACCGACGAUGCAUGCAGUGGCUUGACCCUGUUGGCGUGCCCUACUCACAGCAGUACACGGUCUCGUGUGAUGACUUGGAUCUCGGGUGCGCUGGAGGGACUUCGUUCAAUGUUUGGACCUUCCUUACGGAGCACGGUACCACGACUCUCGAGUGUGUCCGCUACACAGACGCCGAUAAGGACCUCUCGUCUCCAUGCCCCGCAUUAUGCGACGAUGGGUCCGAGAUUCAACUCGUCAAGGCCGACGGCUGCCUCGACUACAGCGGCAACGUGACCGCCAUCAUGCAGACCCUCGCCAACGACGGGCCUGUGCAGGCAGUCAUGAGCGUCUAUCGUGACUUCCUUUACUACCGAGGAGGCGUCUACAAGCACGUCUACGGGAUCCAGAUCUCCAGCCAUGCGGUUGAGAUCAUCGGCUACGGGACGACUGACGACGAGGAGCGCAUCCCGUACUGGAUCGUGAAGAACUCUCUCGGACCCAACUGGGGCGAGGAGGGCUACUUCAACAUAGUCCGCGGGUCGAACGAGUGCGACAUCGAGAGCGCCGUGUAUAGCGGGCUCUUCCUCUCCUCUAAGUGA